AUGGCUUGCCUUUGUUCCUCAAUAUAUUUGAAAAAGGAUUUCGUUAACCAACAUUCCUAUAUCCAGUAUCUAGUUUCAUGGUUGAUUAGUUUAAUUAUGAGUCUUACAGAUUUCAUGAUUGGCAUUUUAGCCUAUACGCUAAAUGAUGACAUUUUGCGCCCAUGCUAUUGUGGAUACACCAUAUCCUGUAUAUAUCUUUUUAUGCCCAUACCAAGGGUUUUACCACAAAUGCUCUUAGCAUUUGCCAUUAGCGUUUUGUAUGGGCUUUGUUCGACGUUUGCCGCCUUUACAAAAUCGACAGAAAAUGAAAAUAUGAAUGUGGACUUAAGAACUCUUUUACCAGAUCUAAUAUUUAUUAUUGGUCUUAAUGUGAUAGGUUUGUGCAAUCGAAUUAGACGAGAUUGUGCCGCAAGGAGGGUACUACUAACACGUCAUCUUAAUGUUCAAGAAAAUUUUUUGCUGAAAUUUGCCAAAGAUCAAGAGCACAGCUUAUUAAUAAGUAUUAUACCGGCUCAAAUUGCUGAGAAAAUUGGCCAGGAGAUUAAGACGCGAAUUGAACUGCUUAAGAACCCCAAAAUACCGAAUUCAAUUUAUUACAUUAGAAAACUUUUUAUAGAGUCACAUUACAAUGUCAGCAUUAUCUUUGCGGAUUUAGUCAACUAUACACAUCUGACGACAACGCUGGAUAUCAAGACCUUGGUGGAGACAUUACACGAUCUGUUCCAGAGAUUCGAUCAGGCCUGUCAAGAAUUCAAUGUAAUGCGCAUCAAAUUUCUGGGCGAUUGUUAUUAUGGUGUUACGGGUAUGCCACAGGCGCAUCCAUUUCAUGCACACUGUUGCAUUGAAUUCGGUCGUGCCAUAAUCGAACAAAUAUCUGAUGUUAGAAAUGUACGUAAUCUGGAUAUUGAUAUGCGCAUCGGAGUACAUUCGGGAAAUAUUCUUUCGGGUAUUAUUGGUGCUGCCAAAUGGCAAUAUGACAUUUGGUCUAAAGAUGUCGAUAUUGCAUCACAUUUGGAACAGACUGGUGUUGCGGGAAGAGUUCACAUAAGCAAAAAUGUUUUGAAAUAUGUCGAAGCAUAUUAUGAGUAUGAAGCUGGAACUGAGAGUGCCACAAGGGAUCCACUACUAAUAAGGGAGCAUAUUAAAACCUAUUUGAUCAUUAAACCAAGUGAAUUUAUGACCCAAUCCAAAGAAUGGAAAACCUAUAAGAAUCGAAUAAAAACGAAACGCAAACCACACACAUUUGCAGAUGCCAAAUAUACUGACGUUUCUAAGCCAUUGGACUAUAACUCGAUAAAAUCCCAGGCAAAUUUACAAAUGUCCGGAGAUAUUAGAAAAUUACCUAUCUAUAAAUUAGGCAUAAAGGAACAUCUAUUUGUGCGAAUGCCCCGCUUAGAUGCUUACGAAAUGGAAGAUUUUACAGCAAAUCGUAAUAUUAGCACAUUUUGCCUAUGGUUUAGCGAUUGGAAUUGGGAAUCAGUGUACAACUCAGAAUUUGAUGAAUUCUUCAAAAUAUCCAUAGCGAUGUCAUAUGCGAUACUAAUUUGUAUCAUGAUCAUGCAAGGUUCGAAUGAAAUCAUUCACAAUGUUCAAUCAUUCAUUAUUUUAUACACUGUUAUAUUUUUGUAUACAAGUGUUAUAUUAAUAUUGGUCUGGUUAAGACCCAUGAUGACAAAGUGUUCAUCAAAUAAUCGGCAACGAAAAUUGAUGUUUUGUGAUCCCGUGGCUCUGGAAAACGAUGAUGAUUUGAUGCAUGAAUUUUUACAAGGCGGACAUCGUACGUUGUGCUUUAAUUCAUGGGCCAUUACCGAAUGCAUUGUGCUCUGCAUGGCCAUGAUCUUUACAUUCAGCCACAUUCCCUAUUGUAUUCAAAUGGUUGCGGGAUUUGCUAUUACCACAUAUUAUAUGCUGAUAAUAUUCAUUGAAUUCGAUUUGGUAUACGAAUGCAGUUUGGUAACGAAUAAAACAAUACGAGCCGAAGCCAGUCACGUGUGGAAUAUUUUAACGGUCUUAAUGAUCUAUCAACUGAUGUCACGUCAUGUAGUUUAUGUUUCGAAAAUUGAAGCUAUUUCAAAAUGGCGCUUAGAAAAGAAACAGGAAAAUGCACGUGUAACGGAGGAAUCAAUACGAAUAUUAUUGCAUAACAUUUUACCAACCCAUGUAGUUAACAUUUAUUUAUCAAAUCGUUUGCGCAAUGAGCCUUACUAUGAACAACAUGAAUAUGUUGCCGUGAUGUUUGCCACAAUAGUAUAUGCUCGGUCCGGUAGCAUUGAGCUAAAGCUGCUCAAUGAAAUUAUUUGUGAUUUCGAUGAAGUGCUUGGUUACUACAAAACUCCCAUAAAGGUGGAGAAAAUUAAAGUGGCCAACUGGUCAUAUAUGGCUGCGUGCGGUUUCGAUAUUCCCUUUGGUGAUACCGUAAAUACAGGUGCGGGUCUACCAUUUAAAUCAAUGUUCUUACUAAACAAGCGUCCAUACACGACCUCAUUGUCCGGCGGACAUGUACCACGACCGAGUGGUAGUAAACAACGUAUAGAGAAUAAAGAGAUGGCUGAAAAUCGCAGUUCGGAAACUGAUUCCGAUGAAAAUUCCAAUAAUUCGACAUGGCAAAAAAGACAAGUUGUUAUGACAAUGACACAAUUUGCUUUGGAUCUGUUGGCAAGUAUGCAUUCAUUCAAUGUGGCAAAUCAAUUGGAGAGGGGCAGUGAAGAGCCGCCAAUUAUGUUGAGAAUUGGCAUAAGCAGUGGCGAGGUUAUGGCUGGCGUUGUUGGUUCUUCCCAAGCCCAUUACGAUAUAUGGGGCAAUGCAGUAAAUAUGGCGUCUCGCAUGGAUUCAACCGGUGAAGUGGGUUGCAUUCAAAUUACCGAAGAAAUUGCUGAAGCAUUAAAAUCAUUUAAUAUCAAUUGCAAAUAUCGUGGAAUGACUGAGGUCAAAGGUCGUGGCAAAAUACCAACAUAUUUUAUAACGAUAACGGACAAAUUUGAAUUUGAAUAUUUUAAAGACAAUGAAAAACUUCAUCAAGAUUAA